AUGGCUACAAGAAAGAACUUCCAAUUUCUUGGAUCAAUGGAUAAAAAAACUAGCUCUGAUGAUCUCCUAUUUGAGUUUGAUGAAUCUGACAUAUGGGAAAACACUACUAAUGUUAUUUCUCAUCACUCUGAGUCCAAAAGAUUGAUACCUACUUCGCGUAUCUCAAAAAGAUCACCAUCACCACCACCAUCACCACCACCAGCAAGAUCGUUGCCAAUCAACAUACCGGAUUGGUCAAAAAUCCUAGGUGAUAAGAAGAAGAAUGAUGAUAUUCGAGACAAGGAGGAAGUGGAUGCAGAUACCUGGAUUCCACCUCAUGAAUAUUUGUCUAAGAAAAGAGGGGCUUCAUUUUCAGUGCAUGAAGGUGUGGGGAGGACACUCAAAGGAAGGGAUUUGAGUAGUGUGAGGGAUGCUAUUUGGAAACAAACAGGUUUUGAAGAUUAGUAACUUGGCAUUUCGCGAGGUGGUACUUGUUAUGUCUCAUCAGUAUAGAUAUCGAAUAGAUAUCAUUUUGGUACUUAAGUUUAUGAGAACUCAUAUAAUUAUUAUAAUAAUGUUAUUGAUCGUUAGGUCAAACCUUUAGAUACUUUAUUGGGGGGUUUCGAUGGAUUAAUGUGUUGUGUUUUAUUAGUAUUUUGGGGGUAGAUUGAUCUUUUGUUUAACUAGUAAA